UUAUUAUUAAUUAUUAGUAAUCUAAUCAUCGGACAGUUUGUCCAAAUCACCAAACAAGCCCAACGUUUUCCUGCAUUUUGGAGAUUAACAGAGAAAGCAACAGACAGGUCUCUCUGUUUUUUUUUUUGGGAUUUUUUUCUGGUUCUCUUUCUCUCCUUUUCGUGUCUGUUUGAAAUCUUAAAAAAAUAAAAAAAUUUAAGAAUUUAUAGUAUAUAAGUUUUGAUAAAUGGCAACGUUCACAAGUUUUAGAAAAGCUUAUGGGGCUCUCAAGGAUACAACAAAAGUUGGCCUUGCAAAGGUCAAUAGUGAAUACAAGGAAUUGGAUAUUGCCAUUGUAAAGGCUACCAAUCAUGUUGAAUGCCCUCCUAAGGAACGUCAUGCUAGAAAAAUAUUUUCCGCAACAUCAGUAAUAAGACCUCGAGCAGAUGUGGCAUACUGCAUUCAUGCACUUUGUAAGAGAUUAGCCAAGACGCAGGAUUGGAUUGUUGCGAUAAAGACGUUGAUAGUCAUUCAUAGGACAUUGAGAGAGGGAGACCCUACAUUUCGAGAGGAGCUCUUGAACUACUCACAUAGAGGAAAUAUUCUCCAAAUGUCCAAUUUCAAAGAUGACUCUAGUUCGCUGGCCUGGGAUUGCUCUGCAUGGGUUCGUACUUAUGCUCUUUUUCUAGAGGAAAGAUUGGAGUGUUUUAAGGUUUUGAAAUAUGACAUUGAAGCUGAGCGCUUGAAUAAAGCAUCACCUGUGGCAAUCAAGGUGCAUAGUAAAACACGGCUCUUGAAUGGAGAAGAUCUGUUGGAGCAGCUACCUGCAUUGCAGCAGCUUCUUUAUCGUCUACUUGGUUGCCAGCCUGAAGGUGGAGCUUAUAACAAUUAUCUAAUACAGUAUGCCUUGGCUCUGGUCUUGAAGGAGAGCUUUAAAAUCUACUGUGCAAUCAAUGAUGGAAUUAUCAAUCUUGUUGACCUGUUUUUUGAAAUGACAAAACACGAUGCUGUCAAAGCUCUUAAUAUAUACAGAAGAGCUGGCCAACAGGCUGAAAAUCUUGCUGAAUUUUAUGAACAUUGCAAAGGCUUGGAGCUUGCAAGGAACUUUCAGUUUCCAACACUGAGACAGCCCCCUCCAACUUUUCUUGCAACAAUGGAAGAGUAUGUUAAAGAAGCGCCUCAGUCAGGUUCUGUCCCCAAGAGACUGGAGUAUACAGAGAAUGAGCCCGAGGAACCUGAGGAACCUUCAGAACCUGUAGAAGUUGAAAAGGUUGAUGAUGAAAAAACACUGAUAGAUGUGGAGGAAGAAACUAAACCUGAGGAAGAGGUGGUAGAACCUCCAUUAGUAUCAAACGAUGCUAUUGGGGAUUUGCUGGGUCUGAAUGAAAUAAAUCCAAAAGCUGCAGAGCUUGAGGAAAGCAAUGCAAUGGCUCUUGCAAUUGUUCCACCUGGUGCUGAUCCUCUGUCUUCAUCAAAGGCUUUAAGUGAACUUGGUAAGCCAAAUGCAACAGGUUGGGAGCUAGCACUUGUUACCACUCCAAGCAACCCAACUAGCCAACCAAUGCAAAGCAAAAUGGGUGGUGGUUUUGACCGGCUAUUGCUUGAUAGCCUAUAUGAAGAUGAUACUGCAAGGAAGCAAAUACAAAUGCAAAAUGCAGGGUACGGAUAUGGUGCCACAGCUGUGCACAAUCCAUUUGAACAACAGGACCCAUUUGCAACAUCCAACAGCAUAGCACCCCCAACAAAUGUGCAGAUGACGAUGAUGGCUCAACAACAGCAGCAGUACCAACAGCAGCAAAUGAUGAUGCAACAGCACCAACAACAAAACCAGUCGAUGAUAGGUCCUUGUCAAUACCAACCACAAUAUCCUCAACAGCAAAUGCAGCAGGUGGGACAGAUGGGUCCUGCCAACCCAUUUGCAGAUCCAUUUUCGAGUUUCCCACAAAGUUCUGAACCACAGCAAGGAAACCACAUGCUAAUUUAGAGGUCCUUUUUGCCCAAUUUGAGUUUAUUCUUUGAUUCUUUGGAGUAGCAGAGAAAUCUUUUCGUUUGCUACGAAGUCUGAUUAGUUUAUUCUUUGUUUUUCUUUUACGAUGAAAGCUCAUAAUUUGUUCAACUAGUAAAUAAUAACUUCAUUUAUUUUUUGCAUUGAGGAACAACAGACCCUUCAUUUUGGAUCUUGGAUGUAAUUUCUCUGACACAUCUUUGGACAUUGUUUUCAAACAUAAAUGAAACUGACUACAACAUAAGUAAGAUGUUCACGAGGGAA